AUGAGAGUAGGUGUACUCACCCCAAUGGCAGAAGAACUUGAGGCGGUCUGUCGAGUCUUUCCAAACUGCGAAAAGAAAGAGAAAAACGGAUUCGUUUAUUAUGAGACACGUUUACAAACCAAUGAAGUGAUUGUUUUUCAGUGCGGAGUCGGGAAGGUGAACGCAGCCGUUGCUGUGUCGAUAUUAAAGUACGAAUUCCAGGUGGACAUUGUUAUUAACUCGGGGUGUGCUGGUGGAGCCCUUCCGGAACAAAAAGUCCUUGACAUAGUCAUUGGGACCGAGUUGGUCUAUACUGACGUGGAUAUUACCCCUCUUGGAUACAAAUAUGGACAAAUCUGCGACGAACCGAUGUACUGGAAAACCGACGAUAAACUUAUGGCUGUUGCAAGAGAUGCGACAAAGGACGUAUCAAACGUCUGCUAUGGUAUAAUUGGGACUUCGGAUGCAUUCUGCACCAAACCAAAAAUCGAAGAGAUGCAGAGCAAAUUUGAGCGGAAGGUGGCAUGCACAGAGAUGGAAGGGUGUGGUGUGGCACACGCAUGCACUAAACUCGGGAUCAAGUUUUUGGUCAUCCGAUCGCUUUCUGAUGUCCCUUCUGCAAACGCGGAGAACCAUAUUGAGUAUAGGGUGUUUGUCAUCCAAGCUGUCGAGAACAUUGCGAAAGUCCUUUUCAACAUCAUUUCUAAGUUAAAUUAA